AUGACUCAAAUUUUUGAUAGGAAUGAUCGCCGGAUUUUGACAUUUCCGGCGGUUCAUCCCUGCGAGGGCAUAUCUCCGUCGACCCUUCUCGAAUCUUUGAUCAAUCUCUCGCGUAACAUAUGCAAUUACCAAUCAAAAUUCUUUAAAACCCAGAAGAGAAAUGCCAGGGAAACGAUUCGCCAAGUUGGGAUUCUGCUGAUAUUCUUCGAGGAAAUCCGAGAUAACAGUCCUAAGUUAUCUCAUUCUACUGUUCUAUGUUUCUCUGAGCUCCACCACGCAUUCCAGAAAAUUCUAUUCUUGCUGGAAGAUUGUACUCGCGAAGGUGCCAAGCUUUGGAUUUUAAUGAAGGCUCAUUUCGUGGAGACACAGUUUCGGGUGUUUAUUCGGGCGGUGGCGACAGCUCUCGAUGUUCUUCCAUUGGGUUCGAUCGAUGUGUCGAAUGAAAUCAAAGAAUUGGUAGAGUUGGUGGCUAAGCAAGCAAGAAAAGCAAGAUUGGAGCUUGACCCAGAUGAUGAAUAUGCCAUGAAGAGAGUGAUUCUGAUUUUGAAUCAAUUUGAGAAUAGAUUUGAGCCGGAUCCGAUUAUUAUCAAGCGGGUUCUUGAAUAUCUAGAUGUUAGAAGUUGGAGUGAGUGUCAUAAGGAGAUCCACUUCUUGGAUGAGGAGAUUAGUUUAGAGUGCUUAAACAGUAAUAAUGAGAGAGAGAUGCCUUUAUUGAGCAGUUUAGUUGGGUUGAUGUGUUAUUGCAGAGUUACUCUGUUUGAAAACUCUGAUUAUAGAAACAUUGAUCAAGCAGAUGGGACGUGUAGUCCAGAAAUGAUAACUUGCUUGAAUCCAGAGGAUUUUCGGUGCCCGAUUUCUCUUGAGCUAAUGACUGAUCCAGUGACAGUUUCGACUGGCCAGACUUAUGAUCGCGCUUCGAUUCAGAAAUGGCUCAAGUCAGGGAACCUCCUCUGUCCCAAAACAGGGGAAAAGCUAACAAGCACAGAAUUGCUGCCGAAUACAAGUCUUCGAAAGCUUAUUCAACAGUUUUGUUCCGAUAAUGGGAUUUCUCUUACUAAAUCUAGAAAGAAGAAUCGUGACAUAUCGGGGACGAUUGUGGCAGGCAGUCCAGCUGCUGCAGGAGCUAUAGAAUUUCUUGCCGAAUUUCUUGCCAAUAGGCUGAGUAAUGGGACUGAUGAACAGAAAAACAAGGGUGCUUACGAAAUUCGUUUGCUCGCAAAAUCGAGCAUUUUGAACAGGUCUGGCUUGAUUGCAGCAGGCACAAUUCCACCUCUCCUGACAUUGCUAACUUCAAUUGAUCAUUCCAUACAAGAGAAUGCAAUUGCAGCUUUAUUGAAGCUCUCGAAGCAUUCCAGUGGCAAGAAAGUGAUCAUUGAAAAUAGGGGUUUGAAAUUGAUUCUUUCGGUGCUCAAGGAUGGACUAAAGCUGGAAUCCAGACAAAUCGCGGCUGCAACAAUCUUUUACCUGUCUUCGGUUAAUGGGUAUCGCAAAUUGAUUGGAGAGACACCCGAGACAAUCCCUGCUUUGGUGGAGCUGAUCAAGGAUGGCACUACCUGUGGGAAAAAGAAUGCUGUGGUAGCUAUUUUCGGGCUACUUCUAUACCCAAAGAACCAACAGAGGGUGCUUUCAGCUGGGACAGUCCCAUUGUUAGUCGACAUAUUAGCUUCUUCAGACAAGGGUGAUCUUACAGCUGAUGCAUUAGCUGUUCUUGCCACACUAGCACAUAGUUUUGAUGGAUCAAAUACAAUUCAGCAAACCAUGUCCGUGCCUUCAAUUAUUGGGAUUUUGCACUCUUCUUCAUCUUCUCGAGCGGGUAAAGAGUACUGUGUUUCGAUUUUGCUGUCAUUGUGCUUGAAUUGUGGAGUGGAAGUGGUUGCUGUUUUGGCUAAAGACCCUUCACUCAUGGCUUCACUGUAUUCAAUUUUGACCGAUGGCACCUCCCACGCAAGCAAGAAGGCGCGUUCGCUCAUGAAGAUCCUACAUAAAUUCCAUGAGACGAGCUCUUCUCUUCUGAUGGCAAAUCAAGCUCCACAAGAACCUUUCAUUCAUGUGAGAUAG